CAAUCCAUCCACGACUGACGACAGUCACCUACGCCAUCCCAUCCCCGUCGCUCAUUUACCAGUAUCACCGAGGCGCUUGACAUUGUCCAACUACAAUUGACCAUUGCAGACAUUGGCGCCUCUUUUUAAAAGAUCAGAUCAUAACUAUCUACCCCUUCGCCCGGCGAGACAUCAGCAGAUCAGACUGGCAUCAUGGCACCCAAGAUUGAGCCCCAGGAGAUAGAGACAUACUGGAACAUCUUCUCUGCGCGGACCGGCGGGGGGAAAUACCUGACGGGCGAACAAGCUGCCCCAGUCCUCAAGAACAGCAGUCUGCGCGAUGAUCAGCUCGAAAGAGUAUGGGACCUCGCAGACGUCGACAAUGACGGCAAUCUCGAUUUCGAGGAGUUCUGCGUGGCUAUGCGAAUCAUCUUUGACAUCCUCAACGGCGAAUACUCGGACGUCCCGACAUCGAUCCCCGACUGGCUCGUCCCAGAGUCCAAAGCGCAUCUCGUGCAGGCGUCGCACGCGCUCACCGGCAAACAACCACAAUUCGAGCAAGUCGAGGACGAUUCAGAUGACCAAGGUCUCAAGGACGGGUUCGAUUGGUAUAUGAAGCCUGCGGACAAGGCCAAGUACGAGUCCAUCUACCAGGAGAACCGAGACAUGCGCGGCGAAAUCUCAUUCGCCGCUUUGGAAGACCUGUACGAAUCGCUCGAUGUACCCGACACAGAUAUCCGAUCCGCGUGGAACCUGGUCAACCCGUCUGCGCACUCGACCAUCAGCAAGGACGCGGCCCUUGCCUUCCUCCACAUACUCAACAAUCGCCACGACGGGUUCCGCAUCCCGCGCACAGUGCCUGCGUCUCUCCGAGCCAGCUUUGAGCGCAAUCAGAUUGACUACCAAGUCGACAACCAGAAGAGCUCGCGAUGGGCGACGAAAUCCGACGACUCGACCAGCACGGGGCGCAAGACAAAGUUCGGAGAGCAGUAUCUGUCCAGACUAGGACGGAGCGGGUUCAAGACGCAGGGAACGGAUUUCUCAACAGAGAAGACAGAAGACUGGGAAGAGGUGCGCCUGAAGCGCCAGCUCCAAGAUCUGGAGGAGAAGAUUCGCAAAGUCGAGGAGAUUGCCGAGCGCAAAUCGGGCGGGAAGCGGGACUCGAAACCGGCUCUCGUCAAGAAGGAGUUGGACCAGCUCUUGGACUACAAGAGGCGGCAGCUCCGCGAGUUGGAGGAGGGCUCAUCCAAGAGCACGGGCGGCAACCUGAAGAGCAUUGGCGAGGACUUGCAGACGGUGCGCGAGCAAGUAGAGGGCUUGGAGUCACAUCUCGCGUCCAGGAACCAGGUGCUGGAACAGCUACGGCAGGAGAUUGAGAACGAGAAGGCCGGGAGGUGAGAGCAUACAGAACAGCGGGGCAUUAAUCUUCAAGGACAUAUUCUAUGUGACUUUCCUCCAACCUUCUGUGGACUUAUUAGAAAGCACUGCCAUCGACGUACUUGGGUGUCCUCUCGCGACCGAGCGUGCGGCCCUUCAUGGCCCAGAUGGCGAU